AAUUACCUCAUGUAACUGGGACAUCGCUAUAAUUAUACAGCUUCUACAUGUGUCUUUUCAAGUUCUUUAGACGAUCCACUUUACAGCUGAUCUAAUAGAAGAAUGGACCGGUAACUAACCUCAUCGUACCCCGAUAUAAGUCACACUACCCCCAAUAAAAGAGUGAGUGAGUGCACUGGGCUAGCUGUGAUACUAGAUACUGACUGAUAACAUCUCAGGAAUCGCAAGAUAUUUCGGAUCACUUUUUCAAAGCAGUUGAUCUUUGACCUACUACCCACCUCUGAAAAUGGCCAUGGCUGGGCUUAUUCAAGAGAUCGAGGAUCCCCUCCCUCAUUUCCCCCCGGCUCCUCCCCCAAGCCCUGAGGCACAGAGAGCCUGCAACAUAUUUGAGAUACCCACGAGUGCAUUCAAUCCGUUGGACAUGCGUCAGAAAGAUUUUGCCGAUUUGGACCUCAUUUUGAGCCAAACUCAAAACUCUUCGAGAAAUCCUUUCCUAGAGACCGUUCACGAACGAGAAAAUCCGUUUGCUGACGAAGAUGAGUACGGUUUCCCAGCCUCGCCCAAAAAGAGGAUUUGCAAUUCUCCGUGUUCACUCCCCGAUGGAUACAAUAUUCAGUCUAACGAAUUUCACUCAGGUGGCAAGCUUACGAGCAGUUCACUACCUCAUACGAAAGCCACACGUCAUCACCGGUCUCCAGUCCAUUCACAUUCACCACCACUACUCAACGUGCCCAACUCAAACAGCCCACCCCCCUUGAACCAAUCAUUUCACCAGACAAGUCCCUAUUCCAUACCGCCUCACAAACCUGAGAAUGGAUUCGAAAUCAGCAACUUCCAACCUGUUCACAGUUACAACCCCAGCCUCUCACCUCCCUCACAACUGGGCAUGCUCAGUAAAAGCUUUGAUCUCCACAACGUGCACGCAUUUGAGACGAACUCUGAACUCGCUCUCCUGCCGAACGUUAGACCGAGAAGAGCCUACACUCUCGAUGCAGGCUCCAAAAAAGAAGAAGCAAGUCGAAAUCGUCGUCGAAAGAUAUCCCUCAAGCGUACCAAAGAGGAGAGGGACUCUGACCUUCAAUUCUCAUUCGAGUACAGCUAUGCAAGUACAAGUACCGGGAGCAGCGAGGAAUCUGAUUGGCUAGUUGUAACACCCGAUACGACAGCUAGCCUUCCCCUUGGCAAGAAAGCGUGUCAAACUAUCCCCAUAAGUCCCCCUCCCUCUUUUCCACUGAACUUUGCAAACUCGUCUUUUAUGGACCCUUCUGUUGCCUCGAAUCUACCCCCCAGCACUUCAAUGUUCAACCCCCCAACCCCCACACUGUACUAUAGUCAGUUCGAUCAGCAACCCCCCAGUCUUGUUAGCAUGGAUUCAUCUGUUCAAAUGAUGGACACCGGAGACACUAGUUUGAGAUUCGAUUCAAUUGAUUCUAUGGAAUGUGGAGGAGACCAGUUUCAUAGUUUUGUCGAAAUGGACACACAAACCGAGAACGGGCACCCCUCACACUAUCACACCACACACUCCACCCUCUACCCACCCACACCACUGCGAAGUCACAGUUCCGAAGAUCGAUAUGCUCCAACUAGGCACAGCUUUAUACAAGGUGCCAGUAGUUUAUGUACAGAACAAGAUGUGUCCAAUAGCAUUUCUAGAAGUUUGUAGCAUUUGUAGCGUAUAUAUUAUUCAAUUUUGUUUUUAUUGCCAUUUCUUUGUGUCUGCAAUCAACAAAAUAAUUGUUCACUAUAAUUA